AUGGCAAGUCCAACAAUCAACACAGAAGAGGCCCUCCGUCGGGUCAUUAAAACUACACCCAUAAUUGACCAUCACGCCCACCCUCUUCUCAAACUCAGCGCUAUAAGAAAACAUCCUCUUCUCUCAAUAGCUACAGAAGCCAAUGGAGAUGCUAUCGAGGACUCAAAGACCGGCUUGGCACAUCUUCGUGCUGUGAAACUCCUUGCAAACCAUCUCGGCACUGAGCCCACCUGGGAUGCGGUCGAGGCUGCCAUCACGAGGAAGCAAAAAGGCAACUAUGACGAAUGGAUAAAGACAUGCCUCACUGGAAUUGAGAACAUAUUGGUUGAUGAUCUUCUGGGCGAUCCAGCUGAUGUCGAGCCUUAUCAUACGCUUGAUGCCUACACGAGAAGCCCCAACAAGCGCAUUCUUAGAAUUGAAGAGGUUGCAGCAGAUUGUAUUGAAAAGGCCUGUGGACAAUUCUCGCACCCAUCUGAGGCGUUCUCGGGAUCUGUCGAGAACUUCAUGAACGCCAUUUAUGAUGCUCUCGAUGAUCCGGAGAUUGUUGGCUUCAAAUCAGUUAUCUGCUAUCGAACGGGCCUUGCCGUUACUCAGGUUACGGAUCUUGACAUCAUUAUGCAAAAGUUCCAACUCAUCUUUGAUACCAGGAAGGAGGGUGGAGCUCAAGUGUUUGAGAGGCUUAAUCAUGAGCCUCUGAAUGACUAUUUUCUUCACAUCCUGGCAGGCUUGAUUCAAAACAGCGAGGACGAGCACAAGAAACCCAUCCAGUUCCAUACUGGGCUCGGAGAUAAUGACAUUACUUUAUCCAAGUCGUCACCCGCCCAUCUACAGGAGUUCAUCAAGACGUACCCGGAUGUCCCUAUUGUCCUGCUUCACGCCAGUUAUCCAUUCACUCGUGAACUGGGAUAUCUAGCAACCGUCUAUGCAAACGUAUAUGCUGAUAUCGGAGAAGUGUUCCCCUUCCUCAGUCGCGAAGGACAAGAAGGAGUCGUUCGUCAAAUCCUGGAACUCUGCCCAACAUCAAAGAUCCUUUGGAGCACCGACGGGCAUUUCUUUCCAGAAACAUAUAUCAUAGCUGUGGAUCAGCUUCAAGAAGUCCUGCAGACUGUCCUCAUCGAUUAUGUCAACAAGGGAGAUUUUUCUUGGACACAAGCAGCACGGCUAGUUCGGGAUAUACUCUUCAACAACGCAAACAAGCUAUAUGACCUUGGGUUGGAACUCAAGCCAUUGCUCGUCAACUCUGGUCAUGGCCUUGAGUCUUCGGAGCAGAGUAACAUCGCAACCUUAUCCCGGUUCCUUAAAAACAAGGAAGAGCCCAGGUUCUUGAGGGUGACCUGGACCGACUUUACGGCCAUGACGAGGGCGAGAGCGGUCCCUAUGCGCCGUGUAUGGUCUUUACUAAGGAGUGGAGAGGACCUUACUUUUGGUGUUACCAAAGCUGGCCUUGGCAUUGAUCAGAGGGACCACCCCGUACCGAGUGUUACUCCAACAGGAGAGUAUAGACUGCAUCCAGAUCUAAGCACUCUUCGACUUGGUCCUCGAAAGGGGCACAUUACCGUUAUGGGUGACUUCAAGGAGAAGGACGGAUCCCCUGCAUCUUUCUGUACACGAACUCUUUUGAAAAGGACACUUGACCAAGCAGCUCAGCAAGGCCUUGAGUUUAUGCUCGGUUUUGAGAUCGAGCUUGUUCUCUUCCGCCAGGGACAAGACAAAAAGUACGAGCCUCUCAAUUCCGAUGGACACGCGUGGUCAGUGAGCCGUGCUUUGGACCAUGAAGUAGCGAUUGAGGUCCUUGAAGAUGCCAUCGAGCAGCUUGACGCUGCCGGCAUAUACAUCGAGAUGAUGCACCCAGAGAGUAGUCAGGGACAGUAUGAGUUCGUGAUGCCCAAAGCACCAGCGCUCGAGGCCGUGGACAAUCUACUUUUUACAAGAGACGUUAUCAGUAGUUGCGCUACAGCAAAGGGAUUCCGCAUGACGCUUCAUCCCAAGCCAUACGCAACAUCGUGUGGAACAGCGGCGCACAUGCACAUGUCCAUCUCAUCGCCCAUUGGUUCAUUGAAGGAAGUUUAUGAACCAUUCUAUGCUGGUAUUCUGAAACAUCUCCGAGCUAUCACCGCUUUUACAUACAGCAGCAUGGUUAGUUACGACAGAGUUGUUGAUGGUUGCUGGGCCGGUGGCACUUGGGUUGCAUGGGGCACACAAAACCGUGAAGUACCACUACGUAAAGUUGACGGCAGCCAUUGGGAGAUCAAGUGCAUUGACGGAAUCGCCAACUCGUAUAUGUCACUCGCGGCCAUCAUUUUGGCAGGAGUCCAGGGAGUCGCUGACAACGAGACGUUGACCUUGGGAGAUUGCACAAAGGAUCCCGCAUUACUGUCGGCUUCUGAGAGAGAAUACCUCAACAUGAGCGUGAGAUUGCCUAGGAGCAUACAAGAGGCUCUUGAAGCCCUGCACCAAGAUGAGGAGUUGAUUGGCCUGAUUGGCUCAGAGGUGGUUCAAAGAUAUACCGAGAUCAAGCAGGCCGAGACAGCUAUCUUGGAGAAGUUGGGUGAUGAAGAGCGGGCACAGUGGAUUAUGGAGCGAUACUGA